ACGCAUCCAGAGUAUCAAAGAACUCCGAGGUACGCAAAGACCGCCCGUCAUUCCCAAUCUCUCCCUUCCCCCCUCUUAUUAGGUAUUAGAUAGGAUUUAGGGCUUGAAACUCUCCGACAAGACAUCUACAGCAGACAGUAUAUGCUAGCACUGCAAGCCAGGCCAGGUGCAUAUUACAUUGCAUGAAGACAGUUAUCUAGGCAAUCUUUUCAUGGCUUCAAGCACCUCUCACUCAAAUGGUGCCAAUUUGAACAUGUUUGACUCAGAGAAUGUACAGUUGAAUACCAAGUGGGAAGAUGUGAUGUGUCCCAUCUGUUUGGAUUUCCCUCACAAUGGGGUCCUCCUCCAGUGCUCGUCAUACAAGAAAGGAUGCCAUCCAUUCAUGUGCGACACAGGUCACAUGCACUCAAACUGUCUUGAUCGGUUCAAAAGUGCGAAUGGAGUGCCAGUGGCAGCAAAUGUUCCUUCAACCUCAGAGGCAGCACCCGAGGAAAGCAUACGGUCGGUGGCAAUACACGCUAGUGUUCGUCCAGCUUGCCCAUUGUGUAGGGGAGAAGUCAUGGGCUGGGUUGUUGUCGAUGAAGCCCGCAUACAUCUCAACACAAAGAAACGAUGCUGUGAGGAGGAUCAGUGCACGUUUGUCGGGAAUUACUCGGAGCUCCAAAAGCACGCCGAGCUCAAACACCCUCAUGCCCGGCCAUCAGAAAUAGACCCAGCUCGACAACUUGAUUGGGAGAACUUUCAGCAGUCCUCAGAGAUCAUAGAUGUCUUGAGCACCAUACAUUCAGAAGUACCGCAUGGGGUAGUGUUGGGGGAUUAUGUGAUAGAGUAUGGGGAAGAUGACAGGGGCGACGAAUACGAAGAUUUUCCGGGGGAUGAUGGCAAUUGGUGGACCUCGUGUAUCCUGUAUCAGGUUUUCGAUAACUUUAGAGCGUCGAGAAACCGGCGGAGGUCUAGAGUCAGCCAAUCAAGGAGCGUACGCCGGCAUUCGAGCUAUGAUUCUUCAGAUUUCGAUGAUAGUUCAGUUACUUCUGUGGAUAUUUCGGACUAUAGAAUGGAUGAUACUGAUGAUGAGUUUGGGAGUAGAGGGGUUGGCUCUAGGGGGAACUCUGCUCAUCGCAGUUCCCGGAGACGCCGCUCCCGAUUCUAUGACCACUAGGCACACGCAAUGUCAGUGACUCAGUAUGUACAUUACUGUCUUUCAAUUCUGUGGAUACUUUUGUUUAUUUUCACAAUACAAUAGCACAUCUGAUGUGGAUGAAGUUGCAUGGCACCGUACUUCAUGGAUUCGAAAAUGGGGCUUUUAGAGGCAUUGUACAAUGCUCAUGCAGUAGCAUUUGGAUUUUCAGUUUGCACAAGUGGGGGCCCAUCUUUCACCAGAAGAAGUCAUGGCCCUUGAUAGGGUGGAAUGGGGGAACAAGAUUCAUGUAGCUAACUCCAAUUAAUCAGGAUAAGGCUCGAUGAUGAUGAUGACAAGUGGGGCCCAUUUUUCAGUGAUCAAAACCGUUGAAUUACAAGCCCAACAGAAAAUGGACCAUGCCC